AUGCCAACACCCCUGAGAGUCGUAUAUCGAAAAGUCAAAAAAGAGAAGUUGAAAGAUCUGAUCGAGAAGUCGGGGAGAUACGACGGGAAAAGUGACUUCGCUGUCGUUCUACAACCCUUCCUGGAGAACACAGAGCCGGCCAUUAACCAGACCGGUCAGGUUGACUAUUCGUUCUUCACCCCGGACUGCUUCCACCUGACCAUCAAGGGUCACGAGCAGAUGGCGAAGGCUCUGUGGAAUAACAUGCUGCAGCCGGUGGGGGAGAAAUCUCUGCUGGGGAGGUUUUCAGAUGAUAUUCAGCUUCUGUGCCCGUCUGAGGUAAGAGCGCCGCGCAGCAACGCCGAGUACGCCAGGAGGGCGUUUCACCUCCGCUAUUGCUGCAGCCCUGAUGAAGGGGGAGUGCUGAGCCCCCCAAAACGCGUCGGCUUUCUCUUCUGA